AACUCAGUAACAUCAGUAAAAUGAAUCCUGUCUAAUGUAUUCCAGUGUAUUGCUCUCUUUGCUGCUCGUUUGAGAUGCGAGAGGCGGCGAGUCACGUGAUCACGCCGGGUCUCGCCAAGAGCGCUGGUCGCUACGUUUUUAGGUGAAGAUCGGAAGUUUCCAGCAGUUAAACCGCUGGAUUGGGAGCUCGGCUGGCGGACUGAGCGGCGGCUCGGACUAUUACGGCGGGGAGUCGCCUGGGUAUGACGUAAACGCGUAACUGGCUCGCUACACAGUGACAGCGGAGAGACGGCUGAUCAUCGGAAAAAUGGGGGCAAAUUCGUUUUAACGCGGAUUUUAAGGGGCUUUGAAGGCUCGGACCCGCAUCUGUCAGCAGCUUAGAGUUUAGUACAGAGGCUGAGCCCAGCAUCUGGACACAGACAUCCCGCGUUUUGAGGCGAGAGGAGGUAAAAACGCCGCCCCCCUCCCUCCUUUCCUCUCUUCCUAGCUAGCUAACAACCUCCGCCGCCUCCUUCUUCUCCUCGGUUAGCCAGUCAGCUAUGUUAAGCUAGCUGACUAGCUAAAUAGCAGCCUCCUGCCCCACAUUUAAAGCUCUUACUUCGUUAAAAACACCAACACACAGGUGGCCAUCCGACCUGUAGCCCAGCCAACGUGCUCAGUAAGCCCUAAGGGCGGCUAGCGCUCGCUCUGGAGGCUCUCUCCGGCUCCACAGCUGCUGCUGGCCCCGUCUAGCAUGUGAAUGUCUGAAGUGGCCUAAGUGCCAAGAAACUACAGUCUUCAACACCUCUCAAAGCCUCUCUGGUGCCACCAACAAUGUCAAGCAGAAGGAAGUCCACCACCCCCUGCAUGGUGCUACCCUCAGAUGUGGUGGAGCAGGAUCCAGACAUUGAAACUCUGGCAGGGGAGGAAGGAGCCGAGACUGCUGCAGAAAGCCCUGCAGAAGGAGCGGCAGUUCCUAUGGAAACUGAGGGAGGUGAGGAUCAUGAGGACAGUGUAAGCCAUUCUGCAGGGAAACGCCCCAGUCAAACCACUGUGGAACAGUCAGCCACCGAUCUAACCACUGAUGCAAGUUUUGCACAGCCUGAGACCGAGGAGAGUGAAGACCCUUCAGUUACUGCGAUCUCCUUGAGCAAGACGCCUAUCAUGAAAAAGAAAAGCAAGCCUGAAUCCAAGAGAAUAGCCGUGUCUCUCAAAGGCACUGAUGAAAGCGAUGCGUUGGUUGAAAGUGAGGGGGAUCCAGAACCAAUGGAGGCAUCUGUUUUGGGUGCCUCCAUCACAGCCGACAUGAUGAAUCCAGUAUCUUCUGAGUCAGCAAAGCCUGGUUUGCUUGUAAGCAUUCCUAAUCCAGUGUCCAGUGAGCAAAAGAAGCCAGUUUUGAACCCUGCUGCGGUGCUCCCUGCUGGUCUGGCUCAAGUCCUGUCAGCCCUACAGGCACAGCAGAGUGCGCAAGCUCAGCUCCUGAUUCCACUGAGCAGCAUUCCCACCUACAACGCAGCCAUGGACUCCAAUGCCCUGCUGGUGAACACUUACAAGAAGUUUCCUUACCCUUCAGCAUCUGAAAUCAUGGGUCUGGCAGCACAGACCAAGUUCAGCGAGGAACAGAUAAAGAUCUGGUUCUCAGCUCAGCGUUUGAAGCAUGGUGUAAGCUGGACACCAGAGGAAGUUGAGGAAGCAAGAAGGAAGCAAUUCAAUGGCACGGUCCACACAGUGCCUCAGACCAUAACAGUCAUUCCAGCCCACCAUCUUUCUGCUACCAAUGGUCUACAGUCUAUCCUUCAGACUUGCCAAAUUGUCGGCCAGCCAGGCCUGGUCCUAACGCAGGUCGGCACUGCGAACAGCCUUCCGGUCACCACCCCUAUCACACUGACAGUUGCAGGAAUGCCCCAUCAAAGUCAGGCACCCAAGAUCGCCAGCAAUCAGACCAGCCCUGCCAUUAGUGAAACAAAGAGAGCCACCACAGUCCAGCCACCAUCACUGACGCCACAGGAGAACUCUGCCCUCAUCUCCGACCACUUCGGCUUACGGCCCAAGAAGUCAAAGGAGCAGCUGGCUGAGCUGAAAGCCAGCUACUUGAAGAACCACUUUGCCAGCGAUGCAGAGAUAGCCAGGCUAAUGAAGCUGACCAACCUCACCAAAGGCGAGAUCAAGAAGUGGUUCAGCGAUACACGUUACAACCAGCGCAAUUCCAAAAACAACCACUACACCAUCCCCCAUGACGGCAGUCGGGCAGCCAACAGCAGCAGUAGCAGUGCAACCAUCAUCAUCGACUCCAGCGAUGAGACUCCGCAGUCCCCAACCACGUCACCCAUCAAAGAGAAGGAAACUCGUAGCAAAACCUGGAACCCCUUUCCAGACUUUACCUUGCAGAAGUUUAAGGAGAAGACCCCUGAGCAACUGGUUAUUUUAGAAGAGAGUUACCAGAAAUGCGACACUCCUUCAGAUGAAGAGCUGAGCCGUCUGAGGGCUGAAACCAAGCUCACCAGACGGGAGAUUGAUGCCUGGUUUACGGAGAAAAGGAAAACCCCUGUGCCCGAAUCAGCUGAAAAGAAUGAUGGAGCAGAAGGCGAAUCCUCCCAGGGUAAACACAGCCAGACUCCACCUGGAGCAAAAAAGAUGGUCAAAGAGAAGCUAAAGAAAACUCCAGAGCAGCUUCAUGUCCUCAAGAGUGCCUUUGUGCGUAGUCAGUGGCCCUCCACUGAAGAAUACGACCAGCUAUCUGAGGAGAGCGGGCUGCCCCGCCCUUACAUCGUCAACUGGUUCGGAGACACACGCUACGCCUGGAAGAAUGGGAACCUUAAAUGGUACUUCUAUUAUCAGAGUGGAAAUGUGGAAGGCAUGAACGGAAACAAAGGCAGAAAACGGAGGAUCCGGAACCGUGGUUGGGGACGGUCUCGCAGCAGAAAAGCCAAGAAGUCCACAAACUUGGAGAAGCCCCCGCCAAUAAAGUUCAAGACAGGAAAAGAUAUUUUAAAGGAAUAUUACUUGAAGCACAAAUUCUUGAAUGAGCAGGAUCUGGAUGAGCUGGUAGCCAAGUCUAACAUGAGCUACGAGCAGGUCCGGGAGUGGUUUGCAGAGGUUUGCCGGAAGGUGGACAUGGGCGCUGACCCGUUUGAUGACAACGUAAACAACGAGCAGGAAGAGGAGGAGUCGCAGGGGGAGAAUGAAAUAGUGGGUGAGGAGCAAGGACCUUCAGCUCCAGGUGAGGAAGAGGGUGAGGAAGAUGAGGAGGAGGAGGAUGAUGAGACCGAUGACAGUGAAUCUUGGGAGCCCCCCCAAAGUGUUAGAAAGACUUUGUCUGGGUCUGAGGAUCAGUAAUUUUUUUCUUUCUUUUUUUUCUUUCUUUAGUCGACAGCUAAUUUUUGUGUGUGAAAACGGCACUUAGAAAGGUUAGUAAAGAAGAAGGAGAACAUUGACUAUGAAGAUCCAUGUACAAUUUGCUGAUUAAUCCUGCUUGCAUCACUUUUGCAUUUUCCCCUCAUCUUCUCAUUCAACUUUCCUGAGCUUAGUCUAUGUUUUCUGAGCUUAAACGGAGCUUUGAGGUUUCAUCACAAACUUUCACAGACAAAAAAAAUCUGUGUGCUCUGUUCAAAUGUGAACAGAGUUACACCCAACAUGAAGAAUCCUGGAUCAGAAACAGUGGCCUGGAUUGUUUUUUAUCUUUGAGUGCAAUUUGAAUUAAAUUUUGUGGUGGAAGAAGAGAUUGUAAUCAUGCCAAGUGGUUUUAGAGGAGGCGGGCUGAGUUGAUUUUGGUUUUGUAUUUCCCAGCUCCUCCCACUGCCCCAAGGAGGAAUCAUGGUGCCAAAGUUGUACUGUUCCUGAAUGUUAACAGUUCCCUGCUUAUGAAAGGAGUAAGCAAAUACAUAGUGUAUGUAUUCUCACCAAAAGAGACAUAUAUAUACACACAUACGAUUGGGCACUUUGUAUUGAAUAGACUUUUGUAGAAGAACAAAUUGCCUUUUGAGCCAUUUAAUGGCAUCUAGUGAUAAAAAUGAUGAACAUCAAAAGUUCACUGUCUUUUAUUCUUGAUAGACAACGAUAUCCACCACCAUCAACUGUUGACUGACAUACCCGUCUAUUAAAUCAGCACAAUUAAUAAGGAGCUGUGACUUGAAGCACCAGCUGCUGCUCUGGCAUUAUGACUGGCACAGCAUGGGUCAAAUUUGCCAGGAAUUUUUUUUUUGGUCGUACGAGAUGACUGCAUAUGACAGCACAAGACUGUUACCAGUUAGCACACUGUUACCAGAGCCUGGACAAAAAGAGAGGGAUGGACUGUGUGUUUCAGCUCUCACUGUUUCAGCUGGACUGUUUUAAAAACCUGUUUUUCUUCAAUUUGUGAAAAGGCAUUGGUUGGGUUUUUCCCUGUUUGCCGAUUUUUACAAAACGGUAAUGUGUUUGUAAUUCAUGUUGAUCAAAUGUCCCAGAGGCUUAACCCACAUUUUCAUCAGCUUAGCAGUGCUUCACACCAUAAAUAAUCAUUCUAACCUAUUUUUUAGGCUACCCAAAAAGACCAACUUCUCAAAUUAUUUAUCAGUUUAUUAAAAUUGGGGUUUUCUUAUUACUAACACACACAAGUUUCAGUUUUUUUUUAAAUACGGUAGCUAAAAAUUGUGCGAAUUUGCUUUUCUGUGAGAAGAGAUUGACAUUGGUGGAUAAUUUAUUUACCAUGUAGCAUGGUAUAUAUGGUAUUUGAUUGUGUUUUUUAUUGAAAUUUUAACUAUUAUAAUUAUUUCCCUCCCCCACAAACACGCAGCACUAUUCCUUAAUAUUUUUUAAACCGCCCCCUUUGGGUCACAAAGUCGUAGUGCAUGUUUGAGCUGUUGAGACGAUGGCAAAAAGAGCGCUCAUUUUGUACAUACAUUUUGCUGUUGUAUUUUAUAAGUAGUUUUAUGCGUUUUUAUAAGUUUGUAUUUAUGAUGACAAAUCUCACCUUGACCCAAGUGGAUUGCUCAUACAGUGACUAUUUUUUUGUGUGAUCUGAGCUGAUUAUACUAGUCAGAUUUUAAAGAAGUUUUGUUCUAAACUCUUGUUGAGCAUUUUUUGCUUAGCUUGCGAUCCUCUGGAGUUGUCCCUGUGAUUCUUCACCUUUUAUUGUGACUGUAAACAACAGAUAAAAAGUACAUGAUCAUAAGUAUUGUCUUAAAAUAACACAUCCGAAUCAUCUGUCCUUUCAGUAGCUAACCUACCAUAGCAAAAAAUCAGUUUAGGCAAAGUUGAAGAUCAAGAUUUCUUCUGGGUUUGAAAGUGAUUCAUAUGCUAAGUUUGCUUUUUCCUAUGAAUGUGUUUUACCAAGUGCAACUGUAUGUCUCCUGUUUCUUCCACCUUUCACUAGUAUUGUUAACUGCAGUGCACUUAUUAAAUCUUGCGUAGAAUCACUGUAAGGCUCAGUAACACUCUUUUUCAGAUAAUGGGAAUACGACCAGGGGACCAUCAUGGAGGUGACUUUGCGAAUCCUACUGAGCCUUAAAUUUGAAUUUGUUCACACCGCUGUGGUGGCUAAAGCUUUACUCCCCAGAGCCAUAGGCCUUGUGCAAUGCUUUUUAAUUUAAAAAAAGGAGAAAAAAACUGUUUUAAUAGGCUGUGGCUUGAUUGAUUUAGACAGAAAUUAUAUUUUGUACUUGUUUGAAGACAACAAUAAAUUUAGAUGAAAACUA